GUUUUCAGCCCUGAAAUACACAUUCAUACAGUCUGUGUGCAAGCUGUACAUCUGAACACCUGACAACGUCUGCAAUCUUAUAAUGGUUUCAUUAUGGUAUAAUAUGAGUCAUUAUCACAUGUUGCUAUUGUUGUACUUAUCCAAUCCAUUUCAUUUUAUACGCUUAACGCCAUGGGCCAACACAGUUUUAUCAAAUGUAUAGAUUAGAGCUUAAACAAUAGCCUGUGUGUUUUAUCCUUUUGUUAUGGUAUAUUUUCUGUGUGGGUGUGUGCAAGUCCAUGCAUUUGUAUGCAUUCGUGUCUGAUAGCUCUGCUGCAUAUAUAAUCUGGGUCUGUGUGCAGGUAUUUGUCCUACUUUUCGCAGGGUGUGAGGCUGUCUGCAUUAAUGUGAGAUAAGUACUGCACGUACAUUAACAGUUGUUUAUGGUUUCGCUGGCGUUAAGCAGGGGAAACUCCACAUCCCCUUUUUGUGCCUAUCCCUAUAUGUAUACGAGUCUGCGUUUGUUUCCAGCUCUCGCCGGGUUGGGUGCGUUUUACAGAGGGCUUCCUGCUGCAUCCAUCAGCCUGAAAAUGAAACGCGCCGAACUGUCACUGCACAUUACAGGUUUUUAACUGAAGCUGGUGGAAAUAACCCGCUUGACGUCCCUCUCACUCAGGACAGCAAAGGCAGCUCCUCAUACACUUGAACCACCGCACAGCAGCAGUUUGAAAAACUUCUAUCAGACUCAUGACUGUUUGAGGGGACGAGGACCCACCGUGGCCCAUGCACUGUACCCGUUUCCCUCCCUGCCCUCCUUAUCCCUCAAGCUGACUCAAAACCCCAGACACCUCCCCCCCCUCCCCCAUCCCCACUCCCACCCCAUCCCGAGCGACUCGCCCCCUCCCGCCAUGACACCCGGCACAGAGACUGUGCACUACAUCCACCUUCACAACUCCAGCCAGUCGGUUCUGGAAGCCCUACGCACUCAGCGGCGCGAGGGCCUCUUCUGCGAUGUGACCGUGCGGAUACAUGAUGCUUCACUACGUGCCCACGCCUGCGUCCUGGCAGCUGGUAGCCCCUUCUUCCAGGACAAGCUGCUGCUGGGUCACUCUGAAAUCUCUGUGCCGCCGCUGGUGCCCGCCGAAACCGUGAAGCAGCUUGUGGAUUUCAUGUACAGCGGCUCGCUGGUGGUUUUGCAGUCGCAGGCCCUCUGCAUCCUCACUGCUGCCAGCAUCUUGCAGAUCAAGACGGUCAUUGACGAAUGCACCCAGAUCAUCUCUCAGAGGAAGGCAGCGGCAGGGGCGGCGAGUGCAGCAGCAGCGGCGGCGGCGGCAGCAGCAGCAGGAGGAGGGAUGCUCGGAGGAGUUCUCCCUAAACAAGAAGAGCGUGGUGGGGGGAAAGGGACAGAGAGAGGCGGCAGUGGAAGCUGUUCUGUUAGUGCCGCAAGUGGGGGUGGAGGUUACGCAAACUUCUCUAACUUCAUGGCUGAAUGCGGGGCUAGUAACAUGGGUGGGGGGUUGGGGGGUGCCAGCGUUAGUGUCAGUGAGAGUGGCCCGGGCCCGAUGGAGCAAGCCAACACCGUGAGUCUGAUGGCGCUGGGCGACAUGGGCCCUGGCUCCAUGUGUGGCGGUGACGGACUGGGCUCUGGGGCCGGCGCAAUACUCAUGAAGCAGAACUCCAGCUGUACUCAGGACGUCAGGUACAAGCUCCGAGACCUGUUGGCGCAGACGGCCAACGGAGGCAGCACUAGUAGCACAGGGAACCUCUCGGCAGGCUGCAGCUCCGGUGUGGGCAGUGUGGACAGCAUCGGCAGGGACAGCCUCCGCGGCAACACAACUGACCUCUCUGAUGACCUGGUGGGGAUGGACAGAUACAGCGAGGAGGAAGAAUUGGACGGGAGAGAGCGGGGAAGAGAAGGAGACAGAGACAGGGGGGCGAGCCACAGCCGCAAGCAGAGGCAGCCGCUAAGACUCCAGGUGCUGGGAGGAGAGGGAGUAGUAGUGAAAGAUGAAGGGGUUCAGGACACAGAUGGGACUGUGUAUACCUUGCAGGACGGGAGACGAGAUGGGGAGCAGGAAGCCUCCCAGGAAUCCAUGGCAGGCUUCGGACAGGAUUUCUACGAUGAGCAGGGGGUGUUUUCAGAGAGUUUCUGGCCCCAGAGUGAGCCUCCUCAGGCCAUGGCUUUCAACCCCAGAGGAAGAGUCAACAAGCCUCUGACUCCCCCUCCAACCACACAGUCCAUCAACAACCAGCUUCUUUUCCAGUACCCAGUGAGCCAGUCGCAGCCAGCUCCGUUCUAUGUGGGCGGGCCCAUGGGUGGGAUUGACAGCAUGGCGGGGACGGAGCCCAGUCAGCAGGCUCCACCCCCGGCGCCGAUGACUCCGGCCCCGCCUCCCUCCACCUCCUCCUGCUCUGCAGGCCCCUCCCCUUCCUCCCAGGGAUCUGAGACCUCGUUCGACUGCACGCACUGUGGCAAAUCUUUACGUUCCAGGAAGAACUACAGCAAGCACAUGUUCAUCCACUCUGGUCAGAAACCACAUCAGUGCUCCAUCUGCUGGCGCUCCUUCUCCCUGCGCGACUACCUCCUCAAACACAUGGUGGUGCACACCGGCGUCAGGGCUUUCCAGUGCUCCAUGUGCGGCAAGCGCUUCACCCAGAAAAGCUCGCUCAAUGUGCACAUGCGCACCCACCGUGCCGAGCGCACCUUCCAGUGCAACGUGUGCCACCGGGCCUUCACCCACCGCACCUUGCUGGAGCGCCACGCCCUGCAGCACGCCCACCACGCCCCCCAGGGCCAAGGCCAGGGGCGUGGACCCGACAUGACCUCACCUAACAAGCACAGUCCUCCGGCUCUGGGAGGACCCUCAGGUAUGGCUGGCGCGGCUGGCAUGGUCGGCAGCAUGGCCAACAUGCCCAGCCACGGAGCUUCCUCCACCUAGAGAGAGAGAGAGAGAGAGAGAGAGAGAGAGAGAGAUACGUGGGAGAGAGGGAGGUUAGUGAGCCCAUUCCUUAAACCAACUUCUCCUCUGUCCUAACAGCCUUGUUGAUCUUUUGUUCUGGUGGGAACAGUGCAUAUACUGUGAGUUCCUAUUGUUUUAGCUUAACGACACUUUCAAUCAGGGUUCCUACACAGGGUUUUAAAGUUUGAAAAUGAUGUCCAUUUUAAAGGUGUUUUGGAAUUGCAACAAAAUCUUGGACAACUAAAAGUUAGAAACCAAUCAAGUAGCCCUACUGUCAUUUCCUGUUGUGACACUUGUUGGUGUGACAACUAAUCAUAAGCUACAGAGCGACAUUGCUAACAGUCACACACCUUGUUGAACAGCCAUCCAGCCAGUUAUUUUUUGGUGGAAAGAAGUCUUGAAUUUUGAAGUGGAGAAUGUGUAGGAACCCUGAUUCCAAGACACCAGAUAGUCACCAAAGAGGUUAGGAAUACAGAGCAGGUUUGGGAGUUGGUGAGGGCGAGAGGAGUCGUAGGCUUUCCUAGGUGGAGGUGAGGGUGGGUUGGGGAUUGGGGUUAUAUGGAGAUGCAAGUUAGGGAAAAUAAGGGGAGGGAUGGGUUGCAGGGUUUUAUUCAUCUUCAAUUCAUUUAAUUCACGUUAAAAAUUGGAGUUAAUUCUGUUCUUUUCAGUGUCACAUGGUUAAGUGCAAAAACGUGUGAACGUAACUGGGUUUGCUGACAACCCAAUCAUCUGUCUGCUUGUGUCUCUGUGCUGGAAUCUGGACUCAAACAUUGUGGCUCGAUUAUGUAACAAGUGAAGCCUUCAAAACGUUAAAGAAUAUGAUUUUCUGAACAGCUUUGAAGGUAAUAUUUACACAUAUAUUUAGUUAACAUGGUUGGUGAGUCAAACAACUCCAUGUAAAGCUCAUCUCUAGAACAGAUUAACAAGCACAAUCGAGCACUUAAAUAUGGACAGUUAAAUUGUCCUGCUUUGUUUUUUCUUUCUUUGUUUUUAGCAGUUUUUAUAUUAAGGUGUGUAUCGGCUGUAGGUGGUGGAAAUUUAGGCAAAGACACGCUUGCUGGAAAACCGUAAGUUUUCCCAUUUUUGAAUAUUAUAUAAAAAAUAUACCUCUGAAUUAUGUGAAUUGAAUGUGAAUGAAGCGCAGCGCUAUUCAGGAGCAAACCAGGGUGACAAAGAAGGUUGUUGAAUGAUUCUAUGAAGAAGGAAAGUAGUCCGAGCAGAGUAAGACUACAGCAGGGAGGGGAGGGAGGGAGGAGGAGGAGGAGGCGUGAUGCACAGCAGUGUGAAUGAAAUUCACCAUCAUCCAUCAGACAGCUUUGUAACAUUUUCCACAGGCGCCACUGAUCGGCCCCAGGAUCAUAUACCUCGAACCAGGAUGAGCCCCUAACGGCUCGGAGGGACACUAUUUUCUCAUUUGAAAUGUUUGGGAAACAUUUCAGCAUGUUUUACAUACACACAUACACACAUACACACACACACACCUACCUACAAUUACCUCGGUGGUCCAAAGACAGGCAUUAUGCUUCACAUCUUUUAAGCUACAUCAAACGAAGAAACAGUGAAAACGAAAGCUAAGAUAGAUCUGUUUACUUUUUGAAAGCUUACUAAAGUACUUCUAUGUAAAAUUCCUGUACAUCGCUAUAACACUCAGUUUAUUUGUUGCUCAUGUGAUUCUUUGAUGCAGAAAUAAGGCAGAACAUUUAAAAAAAAAAACUUUUAAAGUGAAAGAGCCAUUCAGAGGAAGUUAAACUUGGUUGAAUAACAAUGACAAAUCAAUGAUUUUUAUUGGGAUUUUUAUUGAGUGUUUGUGUUUGUCUUUUGGGGCUGGUUAAUAAUAAUAAUAAAUGGGAAGUGUUUGUUGCUUAAAAAAAACAAUAAAAGCUUUUCUCGCAGCACUAUUAAAAAAACUUUUUAACAUUUUAGUAAAACUAAAUUAAUCAUAAAAAUGUACAAUCACCCCUACAUGUUUUGACAAAGUCAAACGUGUGAUAAUGUUAAUUAUCACAUUAAUAUUUAUUACAAUUUGAUCUCUAUGCACAGUUAAGUUUGCACAUCAUAUUAAUUAGACCUAGACGUUGUUGUCCCCUAAAGUAUUAGGCCUAUGAUUGUUUUGUUUUUUUUUUCACCUGAAAGGUGAUCUUAAAAAGACCUUAUGUGUCGCUUUUUGCUCAUUUUCCUUAAUGUUUGUCAGUCAAAGCAUUAUAUGAUAUUCAGUAGUUGACUUGAGCUUUGUAAGAGCUUUUAAUCAAGACUUAUUUUCAUUUAAGAGUGAAUCCAGCAAAGACAUAGAUUCAGAUACUCUCUGGCUGGACUUCACUAUAAAUAUUGACAUUAAAUGUCCCAUUUAAAUGUGGAAAAACUGCUUAUUUACAGGGAGCAGGCCUGUCAGCGUGUGUUCACUGGCCUCUGAACGUUGCAAAUUAAUUUGCAGACUCAGUAGUUUGUUUCGCCAGCGUUGAGAGUUUUAAGAGAAGCUGGACUGAAACUCCUCCAACUCACUGUUGGUCAUAAGCUAUAUAUAAAUUUUAACGCCAAACCUUUGGUGCUUUUCUGGAAAUAUUUACCUCAUUUGCCAGUUGCCAGCACCAUGCUGUGGCCUGGGUUUGGUAAAUAAGCGGUGUUGAGCUGUUUCAGAGGUUUGAUCUAUCCUCAGCAGUGGAAGUGGUUUUGGUGCAUUUUGUCUGAGGCGGACCCUUGUACAGUACUGUAAUAUGUGUGCUUUGAAGCCAUGUCAGCGCAUUGUAACGUACUGUGUUAUGCCUUUUUUGUUUGUUUUCUUGGGAGGGAAGUUGAUAAUUGUUUUUCUACAUUAAUAUUUCUUUAACAGAGGUUAAAUAUGUCAAAAGAAGAAACAGUCAUUUUAUAAAACAAAAAAAUCACUUGUCAUCAUAAAAUCACAUCUUUUAUGUAUAAAAAAACUAAAGGCAUGAUUUUAACUUUUUCUGAGAACUUAGAUGUUGUACUCAAUGAAUUAACUGAAUUUUAAAAAUGAGUGAUUUCAAAGAUUUCUUUCUCCAAAUAAAAAGUCUUAUAUGGCUUCAGGCCA